CACAUGAUCUAGAUGUAAACAAUCACUUCCGUCUGGGUAGGUCGACGUCGAAGUCCAUCAAAAGAAUCAUAACAAUACAAUAUAACACAGUUCUAGAUUUAGAUCUACAGAUAUAGAAUCUAAACACACCGUGCUAAUACUACUACAUGUAGACUAGAUACAACAAAGCAGUAAGCUACAUUUUCGACAGUAAAUUAUGAAUUUUCGCAAACGUGAAACGUAUCACCGAUCACCACUCAAAAUCACAUAUUCAUAAUAAUUCACAGACAGUGUGAUUCACGUUACUAAUGACUAAUGAUGCCUGAUGCACAUGCAGCAAGAGUGUAGAAGAAAUCUAGGACUCCAGUACUUUGAGUACUCUACCUAAUGUCAAGUGUUUGCCCUACUGCUACAUGACAUUCUCGGAUCUUUUCUGUUUUUCACUUCUCACAUUGUAAAGCAGGCAUAAUUCUGAAUAGAAAUGUGGCUGAAAUUGUGUUUGCUCCUGAUUUAUAUCACUUUGCUUUUCAUUCUUUCUCGGGUACUUGAUGCCAUUUCUUGGUGUGAGUUGAGUGGGACACUCUCAAGGCAGUUUCUGGACCCCAUGCUUCUCUCUGUGGCUAAGCUGAAGGCACUUCUUGAACAGAGGGGUGUCAGCUAUGAGGGUGUUUUAGAGAAAUCAGAACUUUCUUCCCUUGUGGAAGCCUCAGGACAAGUGAGUGCUGAGGAAGCCGAGUUAGCCCAGGAAGAUAGGACUCUGUCUACAGACACAAAUUUCACUUCAGGUUCUCAUUUCAUAGAGCAAGUAGAGGAUGCUAAAGACAGUGUUUGGCUGGUUCAGAUAGUCUCUCAUGCUAAUCACCACCCAGUCAUCAGUGAGGACCGGUGGAAAACAAUUCGUCUCAAAGUUUCCAAGUUUGGUGUUCGAACUGGACUGCUGGACUGUUCACUAGACCAGGGAUAUUGCAACCUGAAGGGAUGGCACUCUCCAUUUUUACUCCUGGCACUGCCCAGUCAGUUUGAAAAGAAAGCCAAUGUGGCAAUGUACAACUACUCUGGCUCAGUCAAAGAGAGUGCUCUGCUAGGCUGGCUGCGUGACAAACUGGAUGAGAAGGUAGUGCAGCUGCUGCACCCGUCCAUGUUUGAGGGCCAGUGGAAGAACUUCUCCAGCAACACGCUAGAGCCUCAAGUCCGAGCUGUUUUAUUUACCCGGGCCAGAUCUGCUCCUCUCUUUUACUCAGCGCUCACUGUUAAAUUUCCAGGCCGCGUCAAAUUUGGGAUCGUUAGCCUCCCCAAUGAUGAAAUCCAUGAUCAGUGGAAACAUGCAUUAAGAGAAGAAAAAAUUGACAAACUGCCAGCAUAUGUGAUUUACUGUGCAGAGAAAGCCUACAGAUAUGGAGGUGAAUUUGGAGAACAGUAUUCUUUCAUCAGCAUGGAGCAGUUUCUCAAAUUUCUGUAUCCCUGUCUGAACGACGUGUUUAUUGUCAGCUUUUGUGUGGCCAAUGUGAUGUCAUGGUUUGAACUGUUUGUUUGUAACUGCAGCUGUUGUAAGAGGUUUGGCAAGUUGAUUUGGUGCAUGUUUAAGUAUAAUAUAGUGGUCAUCAUGCUGUGGCUCCCUCUCAUUGGCUUAUUCCAGAUGCCUUAUUUGGAUAGAGUGCCUAUGGUGGCACUCAAACUUGAACGUCUCUUUAGCACUUCAUCUUUAGGAACUCUUCUAAGAGGGGAUUAUAAUUUCUUUGUUAGUCAUCCCCAUAUUGUAUACACAACCUUUAUGCUGUAUUUGGUAGUUGUCACUAUCUUGUGCAGAAAAUACAGAGCAGAAGAGGAAGAAGAUGACUGGUUCAAUUUUACCCAAAUGAGAACUCUAACGUACCUCCGCCCUAAUGAUUUCCUUGAGCCUAUGAGGUUACGUGGCUAUGACUUUAUGGGUGGGUUGGAUAUUUUUGGCUCCCAGUUGUCUCAGCCUUCACUUUGGCUGCAGCCUCCAGUGUCGUCAGAGUAUAUCAAGUACCUGCAGACCUGGCCGUACCGCCCUGCCUUGAUGGCAGACCUGGUGGCAGCAAACAUCCAACUACCAGAUGACACACACAAGCCAUGCCUUGCUGCGGAGGAUUGCUGCCCUACAGCUCCAAACAAGGGGUCAGCAGGAGGGGCACAGAAACCCUACAGUAGAGUUUCUACAGCACUUCCUUACUCAGCUGACCUUCCUAAAGACCAUUUGACUCUACAGGAAAGUGGCAUACAAACUUGCUCUAAUGAAAGGUUACCUCAACACAACGGUCAUGGGAAAUCAGAGUGGAGGGGUCAGGCCCAUUGUUCAUCACACACCACCCCUUCUGUGUCUGCGGACCCUAACAAACUUGAGCCAGGUGCGACACCUACCCAGACCAAGUCAGCCCCGGACACAUUAACCAUUCCAUUCUCUACAGCAACGUAUGGCUUCCCCCCUGGCUUCCUGCUGACUCACCAGUGUGUCAUCUGCCUGGAUGAGUUUGCUCCCAACACUGUCCUGUGUGGCCUGCCCUGUGCGCAUGUCUUCCAUGAGACCUGCAUCAUCUCGUGGCUCAACAGAGAAAAACAUUUUUGCCCUAUGUGUCGCUGGCCUUCAUUUAAACUGCGCCCGCAGCCACUCUGUUCAUAGUUAUUCAUACCUUUGGCUUGUGAUCCUUACCUUUGGCUUGUGAUCCUUACCUUUGGCUUGUGAUCCUUACCUUUGGCUUGUGAUCCUUACCUUUGGCUUGUGAUCCUUACCUUUGGCUUGUGAUCCUUACCUUUGGCUUGUGAUCCUUACCUUUGGCUUGUGAUCCUUACCUUUGGCUUGUGAUCCUUACCUUUGGCUUGUGAUCCUUACCUUUGGCUUGUGAUCCUUACCUUUGGCUUGUGAUCCUUACCUUUGGCUUGUGAUCCUUACCUUUGGCUUGUGAUCCUUACCUUUGGCUUGUGAUCCUUACCUUUGGAUUGUGAUCCUUACCUUUGGAUUGUGAUCCUUACCUUUGGCUUAUCAAUUGUGAUCUAAACUUGAAAUCUCAAAUCUGGUGAUAUAUAUAAGCAAUAUAUUGAUGACUUGUUUAAAUUUGAAAUAUUAUUUUAAGACAAAUUAAGUUACGAUUCUUUUCCUGUUUAAACUUAGCUUUGCUCUACAGUAACAGUUUUGAAACACAAUGUGGUAUUUAUACACUCAGAUGUAUUUAAACACACUCAGAUGUUAUAUUUACACACAAACAAUAUGUUGUUACACACUGUAUGUUGUAUUUACAUACUGUACUAAAGAAAAUAACAUGUCAAAUCAUGUAAACAGAUUUUUCUGCCUGCAAAAGUCUCAGUAUACUCCAGGUUCCAAGUAGUUAUCACCCUAAAAAUACAAGUUACCCUCUAAAACUUACUCUAAAACAUAAAUAUGUGUACAUUUAACAGUAUUCUAUUGAAGGCUUUUUAUUAGUUGAAGUUUUAUUUUUUGUUUCCUGUGUUAUAAAAUCUUUGUUGUGCAUAUGCUUUUAUACAAGCGAAGAAAAUAUCUUUAAGAAAACCUUAAUUUGUAUUAGACAGAAGAAAAAUUAGGCCACUAGUCUUAGGGUUUGAGAAAAAAAGUAGGCCACUAGGGUUUGAGGCUGUUUUCACAUAUCAUUUUGAGCUAUUAUAUCUCUUGUGUAGAGAAUAUAUACAGGCAGAAUCCAGCUUUUGGUGGGGGAGGGGGGAGUUGCUGGAGAUAUAAUACAUGUGGGAGAGUAGGCUAAGGCCCCAUAUCCUUCCUGAGAUCUGCACAUAGUCACACAAAACAAAACAUUUUAUUUAUAUUUGAUAUUAAAAUUACAAAUAUUUGUUAACUUUUGAUAGGUCAGGUUAUUUUUUUCCAAAAAAAUUAAAGCCCCCACCCUACUCACACUCUAACUUCACCCAUGAAUUGGAUCAUUUUCCUGACAACUGCCUUAAAAACUUUCUUGAUCACUUUUUCUUACUUUUCUACCUAUAAAGAAAGAGCAGUUGGUCUAUGGGGUCAUCCACAAACAACGUCAUGGUUUAAAAAAAUGUCUUUACUUGCCCAAAUCAAAACAAAAAAGCAAAUUUACAACCAGUCUUUUAAAAAGUGAAACUCAUCCCUUUCCCAAUUUCAAGCAUCCUCACUAAAGUUUGGGAGUGAUUUGUGGAAAACUCCUAAGUUCAUUUUUGAACAGUUUAAAACCGUUUUUUUCCUUGUUUUGUUUUACAAUUAAAAAUUAUAUUCUUACAAGUGAAUUCAUAAUAAUUAGUUCAUGGCUUGUUUUUUUAAAUAUUUGUAAUAAUAAUUUGUAUGUGAGGGCGAUUUAUUUCUAAAAUGGUUUUGUAAAUUUGUCUUCUAAUUUGUAUGUGAGGGUGAUUUAUUUCUAAAAUGGUUUUGUAAAUUUGUCUUUAAAUUUUUUUACUGUUGAAUGAUAUUAGCAUACAUUUUAUUUAAGAAAAAAAAAAUAAUAUUAGUUCUAUACAAGAUAUUUGAUCUUGACUGUCUGAUGUACAUAAAUAACUAUUUAUUAUUACAUAAGAUCAAAUUGACCAAAAUACUAAUUGCACUUGAAUGAUUGAAUUCUUGAUCUUCAAACAAAUCAGCAAUGCAAGUCCUAACUUGUCAAAACUAUUUAUAAAACACAUAACAGUAAAGAUCAAUUUGAAGUAAUAGGAGUAAAUGGCUUAAUUUAAUUAAGCUCGUCAUAUGUAAAACUCUUUCAGUGAAUUUUUAAAAUAUUUAUUUUUAGAUUUUUUUAAUUUGUAAAACCAAGAAAAGGUUAAUAAUUCUUUUAAUUUAAAAAUAUUUGUUUUUUUACUUUUGGGAUGAUUUUUUUUUUUGCUAUGGUACAUUCUCUCUUAAAAAUCUUGUAUUACCUUUAAGUAAUAAAAAGCAGUAAAUAGUAUUCCUUUUCAUUUAUAAAAAUAGGUUAGCAGUUACUAUUAAUAAAUUUACUUUCAUCUAAAAACAUUGAACUUGAAC